AUGGCUGCCAGUGGAGAGGUAGGGAAGCUGUUACAAGUACAAAAUGGAACACCUCCAAGCACCAACUACAACGGGGUAGAUGCUGUCCAUGCCUGUAACAUCCUUCAACAACUCAAAGCCUUGUAUGAUGAAGCACAGCUCACAGACAUCGACGUAGAAGUGGACCAUGGCAAGACGUUCUCAUGUCACCGAAAUGUCCUUGCUGCAAUCAGCCCGUAUUUUAGGUCCAUGUUCACCAGUGGCCUUACAGAGAGCAGCCAGCGUGAGGUCCGAAUUGUUGGGGUGGAAUCUGAAUCCAUGCACCUCGUCCUAGACUAUGCCUACACAUCCAGGGUUACGCUCUCAGAGUGUAAUGUCCAGGCCCUGUUCACUGCAGCCAGCAUUUUCCAGAUUCCUGCAUUGCAGGACCAGUGUGCCCAGUUCAUGAUCAGCAGACUUGACCCCCAGAACUGUAUUGGGGUCUACAUGUUCGCUGAUGCCUAUGGACAUCAGGAGCUUAAGGAAAGCUCACAGGACUACAUCCGCAAGAAGUUCUUGUGUGUGUCAUGGGAGCAAGAGUUCCUCCAGAUGACCAAGGAGCAGUUGGUCAGCAUUUUAAACAAUGAUGACCUCAACGUGGAGAAAGAAGAGCAUGUCUAUGAGAGCAUUGUCCGUUGGCUUGAGCAUGAUCUGUCUGGCCGGCAGGCCCACCUAGCCGAAGUUUUUACCCAAUGCAUUCGUCUGCCCUUGUUGGAUGAGGCCUUCCUAAGUCAGGUACCUGCCCCCUUCGCUUGUGCCCUAUCCCUGUCUACUGACGCGGCUGAGGCCAAAGCCCGCCUCACUGGCACCAAUGGUUGCCCACAGCGCCUGGGUAUGACUGCUUCUGAGAUGGUCAUCUGCUUCGAUGCCGCUCACAAACACUCAGGGAAGAAGCAGACAGUGCCUUGCCUGGACACAGCCACAGGAAGGGUGUUCAAGCUCUGCAAACCACCCAAUGAUCUCCGGGAGGUCGGUAUCUUGGUGUCUUCAGAGAAUGACCUCUACAUUGCUGGAGGUUACAGGCCGAGCAACAGUGAAGUGUCCAUAGACCAUCGGGCAGAGAGCGACUUCUGGCAGUACGAACACGCAGGCAACCGAUGGCUUCCACGCGCACCUCUGCUGAGGGCGAGGAUAGGCUGCAGGCUUUUGCUCUGCUAUGGGAAGCUUUAUGCACUGGGAGGCAGAGUAUAUGAAGGUGAUGGGCGAAAUGCAUUAAAGUCAGUAGAGUGCUAUGAUGCCAGGGACAACUGUUGGACAGCAGUGAGUGCUAUGCCAGCGGCCAUGGAGUUUCACAGUGCUGUGGAGUACAGGGACCGCAUCUAUGUCCUCCAAGGUGAGUAUUUCUUCUGCUUUGAUCCCCGUAAGGACUAUUGGAGUCAUCUUGCCCCGAUGAGUGUCCCUCGGAGUCAGGGUCUAGCUGCCUUGUAUAAGAACUGCAUCUACUACAUUGCCGGCAUCUGCAGGAACCACCAGCGCACCUUCACCAUGGAGGUCUACGACAUUGAGAAGAACACAUGGAGCCGUAAGAGAGAUCUGCCCUUUGACCAAGCCACAAGCCCGUAUAUAAAGGCCAUGCUGCUGCAAGGCAAGCUGCACCUGUUUGUACGAGCCACACAGGUCAUGGUGGAGGAGUACGUGUUUCGCACCAGCCGCAAGAACUCCCUUUACCAGUACGACGACGAGGCAGAUGCAUGGACCAAAGUCUACGAGACACCUGACCGCCUCUGGGAUCUGGGUCGCCAUUUUGAAUGUGUUGUGGCCAAACUGUACCCACAAUGUCUACAGAAAGUGCUUUGAGGUCGCUGGUUUUGUGAACCUAAUCUCUGAGGCAGAGGGAGUAGUGUGGUCCUGCCUGCCUUGUGCCUGGUGUUACCUUGGGUUUACACCACAAGGACCAUUUUUGGUUAAGUCUUAAGUCUUUCAAACUUUGAUUUAACAUGAUCAAAUUGGGGGUGCUUUUAAAGAUUGCAGUAUUUUUUUUUUCAGAUGGCACCAACUACCCACAUGGAUGCUUGUUUAACAAACAGUACAAUGAAUCAUAAGUGCAAUUAUCCUAUUUUUUGCUUGAUGUUGAGCCAUGUUGUUCUAUUUUUUGUUUUAGAUACAUAUAGGCUAGGAUUUUUACAAAUGAUAAGCAUGCAAACGAGGGUAUUGGCAAGAUAAAGUGCCCUCUGGAGAUAUGGAUGCUCCGUG